UGCUUGUGGGCUCGUUUCUUCCUCAUGCGUUUAGAAAUUAGAAAAUAGAGAAAAUAGAAAUAUGUCCAAAGGUGAUAGAGUGCCGGAGGAAAUCAAGAGUUUUCUGCGCUCUGUUUUAAUAUCUAGUAAUGGCGUUAAGCAAAGCCGAGUGCAGAAGGACUACCACGAACUGGCUGGCGAGAGAUUGAUGUGGAAAAACUACGGAUUCUCGUCGCUAAACGAGUUUCUAAAAGCAUUACCUGAUGUAUGUAUGUUGCAGUACAGUCCAAAGGAUAAGGAGAAUCGCGUUUACGCCGUCCAAAAGGAAGGCACAUACAUGUCUUCGCAUGCGAAAAAAAAUGCAAAGGUGGCAAGCUCGUCGAUAUCGCCCAUCAAAGAAACGAACUUGGCCGAAAAUGGUCGAAUUGUUCAAAAUGACGGGGAGAAGAUAAGAGUGACAGUAGCAAAUACACCUUUAAACACAUCUUCGGAGAGCGAAAGUAGCGAUCUGCUGCCGAAUAGCGACGGACUCUACCAGGUGUAUGUCGUGAAGUUGCCUGAAAAGUGUACUGAGACUGAACUGAGAAAUUGCUUUCAAAUUUAUGGUAAAGUUGUGGAAUGUCAGGUAGUAAGAAGCUCAAUUGGAAAAAAGAUUGGCUUUAUACGCUACUCAUUGAAAAAUGAGGCACAACUAGCAUUGACAGAGGGCAGGAGGAACCCUCCUAAGAUCUUUGGAGUCACACUUGAGGUUGGAAAAACCAAGAAAAAGUCCAAUGACAAUAUCGAAACAUCUGUGAAUGCUGCAUUGAAUUCAGAGCCAAGUGAGGGAAGCAUAUCAUCAUUUUCAUCAUCUACUCCUUCUUCGCCAAUAAAAAGCAAUGCCCCACCAACUGCUUUACAAGACCAACAGGCCAAAAACAAUCUGCCAACAGCACCGCAUUUUCCAACAUACCGCCCAAUGAACACACAAUCAAAUUCUCCUCAAACAACUGGAAACAGCCAGCCAUAUUUGGCUGAAAAUCCACCACACAAUACACAGACACCCCUUUCUGUACAAUUACCCCCAACACAACUUGCAAACACGGGCAAUAAUGGACCAUGGAUACUAGACCCUAACUCAACAACAAAGACAUUGCUCUCAUUACAACCAGUCUCUGAAACAAAGACAUCAAGUAAAGAGCCAACCAACGCUGUUUCAAAACCACUUGAAAAAGUAGACAAUAGACUGAAUUACAGCCUAGUAAUUUCUGGUUAUGAUAGAAAACUGACUGAGGCCAAUAUAAAGCAGGUGUUUCAGAAUGUUCAUGAUUUGCAACGCAUUAAAUAUCAACCACAUUAUAGCAUAGCCUGGUUUAAAACUAAAGAUGCAUCUUUACAUGCAGUUAAUGAGUUAAAUGGAAAAUAUUGCAAUGGCUGUGUUUUGUUGGUGAAACCUUUAACAAAACAUCCAUCAGAUAUGGAUGAAGCGGAGCCUGUUAAGAUAGUCGAUGAAGAAAAAUUACCUGUAGAGUUUCAGGAUGAAUUUACCAAGAUCUACGACUUCUUUAGCGAAGCAAUAUCAGGUUGCUGUAGGCAAGACUAUCUGCACUGGCUGAACAAUCUACCAUCAAUAUUUGAAGUGAAAAUAAUGGAUCUCAUUGAUCCUUGUACUUUCUGGGUUCACCUUUCGGACGGGACAAACGCAUACCGUGAUUUCAAUGAAUUAACACAUCAGCUUUCGUUGAUCAAACCAUCUUCUGGUUUAAGUUGUUUAAAGAAUAAUGAAUUUGGUGCAGGACAGUUUUCUGAUGAUGGACUAUGGUACAGAUGCUAUUGUCGUGAGGCUUCAACAGAUGGUCGCCUGCUUCAUGUGAUCUAUAUUGAUUAUGGUAACACUGAAUGGUUAGAAAGACAAAGAACCGUGAAGUUGAAUGACUCUUACUUUAAACUUCGACCUCAGGGCAUCCUUGUUAAACUUUCAGGAUUUAGAUUUAAGUCAAGCAACAACAGCGAACUUGACAGCAAAUUGUUAUCAACAGCAAAAAAUCUCCUGAUGUUUAAAUGUUUUCAAGCGAGAAGAGGUUCUGUGGAUUCUUCGAAGCCGUUUCUGUUGGAAAUCGAGCUUUUGCAGUCCAAAGGAGAAUCGGUCCUUUCUGAGCUGGAGUCGUUAUCUGGAGUGGAAACCCGGCAAAAAGAAUCAUCUCCACCCCCUCCGCUUCUGUUAUCUGGCCAACCCCCCGUGCCAACAAUUGUUAAACCGCCAAAGGACACGUUCUCUUCUGUUGACAGCGAAAUUCAUUACGUCUGGAUAACUAAUAUAAAAUCUCCCACAACAUUCAACUUCCAACUGGUGAACAGUUCUUCCAGAGAGGCUAUAAAAAGAAUACAAGAAAUGCUUCUGAAAUGCAAUAUUCAGAAUAAGGUUAAUGUUAAAGAUCCAAAAAUAAGUAACCUCGUUUGCUACCAUAAAAAUGGACUAGAAAGGUCUCGUGUGACCUUCAUAAGCUCCACUGGUACUCCAGGAAAGGUGACAGUACUUCAUGUGGAUACGGGUAAAGUGGCUGUAGUUCCUCUGAUGUCAUUCAUUGCGUUACCACAAGAAGCGAAGGAUAUUCCUUAUCAGGGCAGGCCAGCAAUUUUGUACCGUGUUCCACAGGACCCUCUGGCAAAGUCUGCUAAAGCUUUGGAAUUUAUCAUUCAGCAAGCAACCGAGGUUCUCCAAGCAAUUAUUGUGAAUGAAAAUAAAGAUGGAUCUGUUUACGUAGAGCUGUUUAAUGCAGAAGGGGCGAGUAUCAAUAGAACGCUGAUAGAAAUGGCAAACACCGAACGAGAAUUAUCUAAAGCCACACCACCUUCUGAAGUGUCCAGGCAAACCCGCAAAAUAUCGACUGAGGCACUGCAUAACGGUGACCAGUCGGAUCCCAAAAGUAUGACACCGUCCUUGCAAUGUGAUGGUGGUGAAGCGGUGUUUAGUUCUGGUGCUCCGAUCCAAAGUCAGUCAAUCUCACCGAGCGGCUCCAGUCGGGCACCCCAGAGCCAGUCCCAAGUUUCCUCAAGAAGAGGGGAAUUGGAACGAGGUCACGUGUCCCCUGGUAAUCAAGCAUCUGCCCGAGUAAUGCAAGGAUUGUCCAACCAGCACCACCCAGAGUGCCCCAAGACCUAAACAAGAACCAGUCCAAAAGCAGGCCACACACGUUCGGCCUUCAACGUCGGUUGGUAAUCAAGGCUUUGAGAAAGGCGUAGUCACCACUCCUAA